CCUGCUGGAGAUAACUAUGCCAAUCCAAGAACAUGUUUGUUCCAUGUGCUCUUCAAGGCAGCAGCACUGGCAUUCUAUAUACUCUCAGCUAUAUUUGUGAACAGCUUUGUUAUCAUCUUUGUGGUCACUGUUGUUUUAGCUGCUCUUGAUUUCUGGGUUGUUAAGAACGUUAGUGGCCGUAUCUUGGUCGGCCUUAGGUGGUGGAACGAAGUCAAUGAACUGGGCGAGAGUGUCUGGAAAUUUCAGUCACUUGACCAACAGUCAUUGGCUCGUUUGAGCAAGAAAGAUUCAUGGUUAUUCUGGUGGACAUUGUACCUCAAUGCAGCUGCUUGGAUCAUUCUUGGGAUAUUUUCAGUUAUAAGAUUCGAGCCUGAUUAUGUUCUGGUUAUUGGAGUUUGCUUGACUCUUAGUGUUGCAAACAUCGUUGGAUUCACCAAAUGCCAAAAAGAUGCCAAGAAGCAGAUUCAAGCAUUUGCUACACAAACACUUGCCUCUCGUUUCUCUUCAACGGUACAAUCGGCUUUAAGUGUGGUCUAG